UUAUCUUCUUGUACUAACUCAGCUACACCUUCAGCCCUCCUAGUAAGAAUCAUCCUACAAAACCUUCAUCGUAACUUAAAGAGUAUCGCCGAGAAGUCACUAGUCAUCCAUCAUCCACCUCAAUCAGGCAUAGCCCGAAUUCAGUACAGUUCUGUUGUUCACUUCCUUCGGGGAUGAGGUGGAAGCAUGGAGCCUAAGAAAGAACAGCCAGACAAGGGCAAAGCUCGAGCAACCGCAGAUCAAAAGGACGAAGAACCUACGUCUCUAACAUCAAGAAUAGCGUCCUCAGCGUCAGGCCUGGCCAGAAACCUUAUUGGAGCUCCUAGAGGCAACGAACUUCAGGGUCAACUUGCUUCUGCAUCAGGGAUUUCUAGCAAACUCGCAAAUGGCUCAUCGUCUUCCGCAAGUCAGUCGGUGUGGAGUGAAGGUUUUCCAUCACGUCCUCCACAGCAAUUUUCAAAUAGCUCUUCAGAGAACGCAUACGCAUAUAACAAUGGCGAAAGCUUUCGAAGCACUUCAAAUCAGACCAACGACCAGGAAUUCAACGAUUUCCUUAAUAGUAGCAACCUGAACAAUCCCGACGGACAUGCUUCUCAACAACACACAAAUCUCCGGGCCGUGGACUUCCAAAAUCAAGCAGGCCUCAACCAUUAUUCUUGGGAUAGAUUAGCAAAGCCAGCAGAUGCAUUGGAAAGGGAUCGCAGCCAAGGUCAAACUUUUGAUGACGGAGCCGAAGUACGCAUGCUCCUCGCAGAUCCAUCCUUCCAACCAGCUUGGGAGGAGGCGGAGGUCAUGACUGCCGCACCUGUCGAGGAUCCGGCAAUGGACCUCUUUUGGGAGAACUUCUCUCCUAACGAACAACGAGCUGCAGACCGUAUCAGAAGUGCUCUACCUGCUCCUCCAGUACACGGACAAGUCUCAUCGCAGAACCCCUUGAAUCUGAGACCGGAUUUCGAGUCAUUGAUCAGUCAUAUGCAAUCAGAACUAGACUCCGAAGAAGUCAGCAAUAUUGAGGGCAUGAAUACUCCUCGAAGACGACAGCUCGCAUCCGAAUGGGAUGGUGUACUGAAUGGCUAUACGGACGAGGUCUGGGGAAACAUGUUACCGGCCGUAAAGGAAGCAAGAUCUCAACUCGAAGAGGUUAAGGCGGGUUCGGAACGCCUGGACAGUACUACAAUUACGAGGCUGAAGAUGAUUCUUGGGCAUGUAGUGCAGAGCGCAGAUCCGUCACUCUUGAACCUGCGGGCCCCCUCUACGGCAGGUUCAUCGCAAGCGCAAGGGCAAAGGUCCGGAGCUAUGAGUGGAAUUGCACAGCUUGGGACUAGCACGAAUCAAGCCGCAUAUGUGAAUGAAGCUCAGAGGGAUGACUAUAGGGUGAGCCACGUAGCGAAUGCUCAGAGGUUCGAUUCAUUAACCCAUAGCGAAAGAACCUUGGUACAGAACCAAGCGAACGGCCAUCAAUUGCGUCGACAGCAAGCUCGGCAGGGCAGCGCCAUGGAGGAAGUAGGGGAGGAUCACUUUCGUGAAGUCGCAUUCCACUGUCCUUGGAUUAGCUGCCAUGAGGCAAGUACCCUUUCUCAGAAUAGUUCUUCAUGGCUGACCCUUUUGUACAGCGUUUCAAUAACUUUCUCGAACUUCGUCUUCAUACCAGCGCUCACACCCAGUACGCUUGUCCACAUCAAGGUUGCGCUUUAGAGUUCAAGG